CUCUCUCCCCUCCCCCACUCUCUCUCUCUCUCUCUCUCUCUCUCUCUCUCUCUCUCUCUCUCUCAUACAUUAUCUCUCUCAGGCUCUCCCUCUCUCCCUCUCAUAAACAUUCAAAAUGCGUAGUCACUGGCUUCUCCCCUUCCUCCUUCUCAUCUCCACAUCCGCCAACCCAUCACCAUCAACAGCAACCAUAAACAAAUCCCCUGCUAAGCCGCCGGACAACGAAACAAUAUACAAAAUCUCAAAAAGCUUAUGUUGGGGCUGCAUCGCUGAAUCCCUUCAAUUCCUCUUCGCUCACAACUUAGUAAGAGCCAGACACUGGGAGCUUCCACUCGCCUGGGACUUCCAAUUAGAGAAAUACGCCCGUUGGUGGGCCCAUCAACGCCAGGCCGACUGCAAGCUCGAACACUCCUUCCCUGAAGACGAUUUCAAGCUGGGAGAAAAUGUCUUCUGGGGUGGUGGCUCUGCCUGGACCCCUAACGACGCUGUCUCCGCCUGGGCUGAAGAAGAGAAGUACUACACGUACGCCACUAACACGUGCCAAGAUGACCAAAUGUGUGGCCAUUACACCCAGAUCGUCUGGAAGAGCACCCAACGGUUAGGAUGUGCUCGAGUCGUUUGUGAUGAUGGAGAUGUGUUCAUGACAUGUAAUUACGAUCCCCCAGGUAAUUAUGUGGGCGAAAGACCCUAUUAAGUCAUGUUUACCAUAUGGUUGAGCUGUGUGGGCCCCACAUUGAUUAUUUUGUACGAUCCAAUCCGUCCACAGCAUGUGCCUCCUCAUGUUAGUCCUUCACUCCAAAAAUCAGCCUGAUCCAUUACUCGGGUAGGCCGCAAACACAGGGAAGGUAUGCCUACCACAGAAGCUUCGAUAUGGAAUGUGGGGUCCAGGGUAUGAAGGGACAAGCGUAAAAUCAAGCUAUUUCAAAACUUACGUGGGCCAUAUCAAGUGAAUAUAUACGUUGUAAGUGUGAUUUCACAUUGAUCCAUGUGGUGUGGCCCACCUGAGUUUUUGAUCGAGAUGAUGGCUAGGGAUCAGAGUUAAUAUGAGGAUGUACACCAGAUUCAUGGUUCGGAUCUCACUUAUAAAAGGUGGGUCACACACAUCUCGAACAUACGGUAAGUACCAUGCGUGAUGCGGGUCACCGAAUUCUAUCAAUAGUCUAUGCGUCAAUCAAUAAGUUGGAUGUGUUGAAAAUAGUGGACCGCUGUCUUAAAUAAAAUAAUGGUUGAGAUGUAUUUGAUGAGAGUACGGUUUCUCAUAUGAGUGUUUGUAAAUAUGGAGGUGGUUGUAACGUUAUAGCGGUAUUAUUGGAUAUGAUUUGUGAAGUUUGGAAAUACAAUAUGCAACAUUUGGGAGCUUGAUUA